UGUCGUUGAAAUACACAUACUGGAGCAACCUCCUACGAAGCUGGGUUCUUUUGUGGCUUUCUUCUGGCCAUCUGCCGUGCUUCAAGUAGUUAAUAAAAUCAUGUCUCCAAUCUUCAAUAGAUACCUCCAUGCAGGGAGCCAUUUCCACUAUGGUGACAGCGUUGCAAUCCUGGAUAAGUUCUUUCAGGUCUGGGAGAAGGACCCUGUCAUGUAUAAUGACUUCUGUUCUGCCACCAGGGGGGCUGCUAGAGCGGCUGCUAACUUGGCUAAUGCGUCUGCCUUGUCGUUCUUUCUCCUUUGUACGUGGCAGAAUUCGAGUAGCUCGAACUGUUUCAUGAGCUCCAUAGCAAUCUAG